CACUUGUAGUGAACACACCGCUAACUCAACAUCCCCCCUUUUAUCAAAAUAUAUCUGUGUAAAGAAAAGGCAAAAUGGCCCCAAUUCAAAAGCACUUCUCUUCUCACGUUGAAGACAACACAAGCAGUGCAAGCAGCAAGAACUUCAAGGCCAGCAGUUCCUUCCACACAGUCAAAACGUCUUCAUCCCAGAACAGUGCAAUUGCCAGUGAAAGCAAAACUUCCACGAACUGUGAUCAAUCACAGAAACGCAUCUCACACACUGAAAAUCAGGCUGAGCGAGAGGUAAUGCUGCCCAUCAUCUCACGGGGUCAUUUCCACCACGACUCGUUCUUCGAGAACCUCCGCCAGCAGUUCGAUACCACCGUGCGAGACAUGCUGGAUAAGUGGAAUUCACACUCAUCCUUCGAGGACGACCUUCUUUCCUACAGACGAAUGCGAGAUCUCAACCUCACGGAAGAGAAUCAGGCUGUUUCCGUCAGCCAAGACAACAAGUCGCAUCAGGUCGUGAUUGACGUGCGCGACUUCAUGGACGGCGAUAUCAAGGUGAAGGUAGGUGGACGACAGUGAACUGGUGAUAGAAGGUAGCGUCGAGAAGCGACAAGAUGGCGCCGUCUCAAAGAGCACUU